GGAGAGGUGCCGAGGCAUCGCCGUGCGAACGGCGCCCCGUGUGCCUCCUGCGCCCCCGGCCAGCAGCCCCGGGCCGGGGCAUGGAGGCGGCGCACAGCAUCCCCGUGCUCGACGUGCUCCGCCGCUUCGGGGUCAGCGAGAGCUGCGGGCUCAGCCCCGAGCAGGUCCGCCGCAACCGGGACAAGUACGGCCCCAAUGAGCUCCCUGCAGAAGAAGGAAAGUCCCUCUGGGAGCUGGUGCUGGAGCAGUUUGAAGAUCUCCUCGUCCGCAUCCUUUUGAUGGCAGCUUUUCUGUCCUUUAUCCUGGCCUGGUUUGAAGAAGGAGAGGAGACCACGACAGCUUUUGUGGAGCCCGUUGUCAUUAUAAUGAUCUUGAUUGCCAAUGCUGUGGUGGGUGUGUGGCAGGAGAGAAAUGCUGAGAGUGCCAUCGAGGCCCUGAAGGAGUACGAGCCGGAGAUGGGGAAGGUGAUCCGAGCCGACCGCAGCGGGGUGCAGCGCAUCCGCGCCCGCGACAUCGUCCCCGGGGACAUCGUCGAGGUGGCAGUUGGUGACAAGGUGCCAGCAGACAUCCGGAUCAUCGAAAUCCGCUCCACCACCCUGCGGGUCGACCAGUCCAUCCUCACAGGGGAGUCUGUGUCGGUGAUCAAACAUGCUGACCCCAUCCCUGAUCCCCGGGCUGUCAACCAGGACAAGAAGAACAUGCUUUUCUCUGGCACCAACAUUGCAGCCGGCAAGGCCGUGGGGAUCGUCAUUGCGACGGGGGUGUUCACCGAGAUCGGGAAGAUCCGCAACCAGAUGGUGGAGACGGAGCCUGAGAAGACGCCGCUGCAGCAGAAGCUGGACGAGUUCAGCCAGCAGCUGUCCAAAGUCAUCUUCCUGGUGUGCAUCGCCGUGUGGCUCAUCAACAUCAGCCACUUCAGCGACCCCGUGCACGGCGGCUCCUGGUUCCGGGGGGCCAUUUACUAUUUCAAGAUCUCGGUGGCGCUGGCGGUGGCCGCCAUCCCCGAGGGCUUGCCGGCCGUCAUCACCACGUGCCUGGCGCUGGGCACUCGCCGCAUGGCCAGGAAGAACGCCAUCGUCAGGAGCCUGCCCUCGGUGGAGACGCUGGGCUGCACCUCGGUCAUCUGCUCCGACAAGACCGGCACCCUCACCACCAACCAGAUGUCCGUGUGCCGGAUGUUCAUCAUGGAGAAGGUGGAGGACACUCAGUGCAGCCUGCACGAGUUCAGCAUCACUGGCUCCACCUAUGCCCCCGAGGGACAGAUCCUGAAGGACGAGCAGCCGGUGCAGUGCGGGCAGUACGACGGGCUGGUGGAGCUGGCCACCAUCUGUGCCCUCUGCAAUGACUCCUCGCUGGACUACAAUGAGUCCAAAAAAGUCUAUGAGAAGGUGGGGGAAGCCACUGAAACAGCCCUGACGUGCCUGGUGGAGAAGAUGAACGUUUUCAACACAGAUCUCAGCAAACUCUCCAAGGUGGAGAGAGCCAAUGCCUGCAAUUCAGUGAUCAAGCAGCUGAUGAGGAAGGAAUGCACCCUCGAGUUCUCCCGGGACCGCAAGUCCAUGUCUGUGUACUGCACUCCCACCGGGGCUGGCAACAACUCUGCUGGCAGCAAGAUGUUUGUCAAGGGUGCCCCGGAAAGCGUCAUCGAGCGCUGCACCCACGUCCGUGUGGGCACUGCCAAGGUGCCACUGACAGCCCCGGUGAGGGACAAGAUCCUGGGCAGGAUCCGGGACUGGGGCAUGGGCAUUGACACCCUGCGCUGCCUGGCCCUGGCCACCCACGACUCGCCUGCCCGCAGGGACACCAUGCAGCUGCACGACUCGGCCGCCUUCGUCCACUACGAGAACAACCUGACCUUUGUGGGCUGUGUGGGGAUGCUGGACCCUCCCCGCAAAGAGGUCACGUCCUCCAUCGAGAUGUGCCGCAAGGCCGGCAUCCGCGUCAUCAUGAUCACGGGUGACAACAAGGGCACGGCCGUGGCCAUCUGCCGCCGCAUCGGCAUCUUCUCAGAGAGCGAGGACGUGUCUGGCAAGGCCUACACGGGCCGGGAGUUCGAUGAGCUGUCCCCCGAGGAGCAGCGCCAGGCGUGCCGGGACGCUCGCUGCUUCGCCCGCGUCGAGCCGGCGCACAAGUCCCGCAUCGUCGAGUACCUGCAGUCCUUCAAUGAGAUCACGGCCAUGACAGGUGACGGUGUCAAUGACGCUCCGGCGCUGAAGAAGGCAGAGAUCGGCAUCGCCAUGGGGUCGGGCACGGCUGUUGCCAAGUCAGCUGCUGAGAUGGUGCUCUCUGAUGACAACUUCUCCACCAUCGUGUCGGCCGUGGAGGAGGGCAGAGCCAUCUACAACAACAUGAAGCAGUUCAUCCGCUAUCUCAUCUCCUCCAACGUCGGGGAGGUCGUUUGUAUCUUCCUGACAGCCAUCCUGGGCUUGCCCGAGGCUCUAAUCCCUGUGCAGCUGCUGUGGGUGAACCUGGUGACCGAUGGGCUGCCGGCCACCGCGCUGGGCUUCAACCCCCCCGACCUGGACAUCAUGGACAAGCAGCCCCGCAACCCCAAGGAGCCCCUCAUCAGUGGCUGGCUCUUAUUCCGCUACCUGGCUGUUGGAGUGUACGUGGGCCUGGCCACCGUGGGCGCAGCGACCUGGUGGUUCCUGUACGACGCCGAGGGACCGCAGGUCUCCUUCCAUCAGCUGAGGAACUUCAUGAGGUGUACUGAGGACAACCCCAUCUUCGAAGGAAUUGACUGUGAGAUCUUCGAGUCGCGAUACCCCACGACGAUGGCUCUGUCUGUGCUGGUGACAAUCGAAAUGUGCAAUGCUCUCAACAGUGUCUCUGAGAACCAGUCCCUGCUGCGGAUGCCACCGUGGCUCAACAUCUGGCUGCUGGGGGCCAUCAUCAUGUCCAUGGCUCUGCACUUCCUCAUCCUCUAUGUCAAGCCCAUGCCUCUCAUCUUCCAGGUGACCCCCCUGAGCUGGCCACAGUGGGUGGUUGUGAUGAAGAUCUCCCUGCCCGUGAUCCUGCUGGAUGAAGGACUCAAGUACCUUUCCCGCAACCACCUGGAUGGCAUUCUCAGGACAGUAAGACCCAAGUGGAGUGGAGAGCACGAGUUGAAUACCUGCAAGACUCCAGAGCAAGGGAGAAGAGGACAAGAAAUGAACGACACGAGGGCGACACUCCGAGCUAGAGGAUCCCUAACUUGUAACUCGGACUGAAGUCUUGCAUGCUGAGCACCGCCAAAGCCAGCAGGACAUGCAUGUGUCCGACUACCAGACAAAUGCGGGUGAAUCGUCGACAAGAAAAAAAAUACUGAUUUUGUUCUGUUCUGUAGCUUUCUUUUUCCUGUACAUAUGAGUGCAAUUACUGGACAGCUGGCGCAGAGUUUGGGGAUGGAGCUGUGUGGAUCUGAAUCAUUGUACCGUGGUUCCUUGGGAUUUGUUCUUGCCAAAUUUGAGACUCUCUUUCCGAUUUUUACCCUGGCUGAGUGAGCACAAGCAAGGUGGCCUUCAUGAGAGAUUAAGGCAGGAAGUUGGGAUUUGAGGCCACGUCCUGCAGUGGGAUGGGAUGCACAAGGCAGGAAGGGCUAGGAAGGGCUUGGCAGUGAGUGAGGGCAGGGAGAGAGGAGAGGGGGCUGUGUGUUUGGGUUGUUGAGCCUUGAUGAUGUCCACAGUGUUGCUGCUGCUGUGCUCUGCUCCAGUGGCUGCAGCAGCUGGGCAUAGCUUUAAAGUGUGCCCAACAUUGGUGUGAAUCUUAUGGAUGUGUGUUUAUACAUCAAGGUCAGGUGCAUGUGGUAGAAGGUGAAGUUCUCCCUAUUUAUCACUGUUUGAUCCCUGCAUUAUGGAAAGCCCAGCACCUUCUCAGGCUCAUCCAGCACCAAAGCACAAUGAAGUCUUGUCUGUUCUCCAGCUGGCAUCUUGCUAGAUCCCAUCUGCACUAUAUAAGGCAGUCCUCCUUGUAGGGGCAGCCAUGUAAAGGAAAGCAAGGGGAUGCCCACCUUGCAUCCCUCAUGUCCACCACUCCUUCCAGGUCACACUUUGUUUCCUCAGUGAACUUUUAACUCUUUCCCUAGCAGGUGUAGAGCUGAAGUGUUCAGGAGCACAUCCAUGACUUCAUGUGCUCUGCUCUGGAGAACAUCACUGACUUGCACAGGGCAUCCUUGCCAAGGGAUCAAGAUGGGAAUGAAUGUAUGCUUGUACAUAACGUGGUCUUUCUCCAUGAGUGGUGUUUGUUGUGGCAUCCCUUUUUGUAAGGCACCAGCUUUAUCUUGCCCUCUGGGGAUUUUUACCCAGAAGGAGUGAGACAGUCUUCAGUGAGGGUUUGUAGAUCAGGAGUGGAUUUUGGGAUCCAUUAAAUUUAUCUCUUUCCAUUGAGCUGUGUCAGCUGAGAAGCUGAUAGUGGUUGGUUUCUUCUCCAGCUCUCCAAAUCCUCCCUCCUGUUUUCCUCACAGUCCUCUAGGAUCCAUCCUGAUGAUAUUUAGUUAGCCAGAGCCUGUAUCUUUCCUUUCUCUUACAUUCCAGCAACAGCACUAGAGCCAGGGUCUGGGAUAGCAUUUGCUCCUUUGCUGUUGGGUUUUCUCUUCUACUUUUUGCCUCUUAAAAGCUUCCAGUGUUUUUCUGUAUCAUCUGGGCAAGAGUAUCUCUCCUUCCAUACAAUAGGUGCCAAAUAUCAUGCUUCCUUUCUUUUCUCCAUCACCAGCAUUGAAGAUGAGCAGAGCCCCCAGACCAAUGGGAAUGUACAGAAUUGUUAUACUACUGAGCUGAUUUAUUGUACAGAAAACCUUGCAUGAAAUGUUGUUACUGUAUUUAAUAUAUAAUGUAUUCAAGGAAUUUUAAUAUGGAGCUCUUUAAAAAGAUCUUUAUAGAUACUCUGUGGUUAGAAGAUUGUUGCUGAUUUUUUUAAAUCUUAUUAUACUUGGUCUUGAAGAAGUUUUAUUUUUCAAAUGUGUUCUGUCUAAAUGAUUUAAUCAGUUGAUCCCACGGGAUAACUAAUUCCUCUUCAAAGAUUUUCACCAUGGAUGAGGCCCACCCUGGUGUAGAGGACCAGGACAUGACCCAGGUACUGUAUAAGCCUUUCAAAAUAAGGCUUCAGUAAGACCAACGCUGUAGACAUGUGAUUUGCCCUUCCUCAAAAGGGUGGAUUUCACCUUAUUUUAGUACAGGUCACAGAACUAAAGAAUUGUUGAAGUUGGGAAAGACAUCCAAGAUGAUUGAGUCCAUCUCCAUUGCUCUGUGCAGAAAACAACCAGUAGGAAUUUAGUCCAGUUCCAGCUCAGUGUAAUCGGAGGAAGCAGCUUCUUUGUUUCUAUGAGGCUUAAAGCCAGUCUGGGAGAAGCUGGGCUGGGUUCAGAGUAUCCCAGCCCUGUUUGGAGGGUCCAGCAGGGCCUUCAGCUGCCCAAUGGCAUCUCCCUGGCACCUGGUGGCCUUAGUCCCUUGUGCCUACAGGAACCUGCUUGGUCCAUCCACCACCUGAGUUACACUGUUUUCCCCUGGACUCAAUGUCUGGUGGAGGAUUAUUAAUUUAACCCAAAUAUGUGUGGUGUGGAGAAGUUUCUUGUGUAAAAGCCCAGGCAGUGUCAGUCUGUCCAUGCAAUCAUUGGGUCACAAUUGUGAGUUACCAAACCCUGAUCCAUCCUAGGCAAGAAACCAGAGCUGUGUCCCAGCUUGUUCUUUCCAGCAGCAGCAAAUUGCAUUUUAUUUCUAUUGUGAGCCUUCAGAUCUAUCUAGAAAAUAGCCCAGGUAAUCUGCACUAGAGCUGCCUGGAGCAGGUGGCCCCCUUGCUAGGAGGGACCAUUUUGACACGUUCCCAUUUCUCCUUUUGCAUGCUUGACCACAUAUCUUGUCUCUCCUGCCAUCCUUUAAUUACUUGGAGUACAGGUUUCACUCCAUCCUUUUGAUUACGGGGGCUUAUACUUCAAACAUCUUAAUGAGGUAGAAAAAUAUCCAUAGAUGUAAGUAUUUUUACCUUUAUUCUUCAGUGAAAGGUCAGGAUAAAUAACAGAGUAGUUAUUUAUUGCACGUGUGCCAGCAGCAGCAUGCUGGGAGCUUUUACAGGCUGGAACAUGUUCUUAUGUAAACUUGGAGAUCCCAGAGCCAAGACCAUCACUUUGGGAUAGGCUCUUGUGUCUUACCAAGACAUGUGACUGUGCAAUACAAGGGAGAUGGACACUGGGUGGAUGUUUUGUCCUAAAGCUUUUUUUUAAAAAGCAGCUUAGGGGCAAACCUCUGGGAUCCUUGCUUUUCUUGGCAACAGAGGUUAGGAAUUAUUUCCUUUUUAGUUUUAUUUUGAUGGUGCUGCCUGGCAUAUUCUAAGUCUAUAAAUAAAACUCAGGUCUUUCCAGCAAGACCUUAGCAUUGGUGGGCUGCUGUGACAGAUCCUCCACAAGAUGCAGGGCGUAGGACGUGCUGGAUGGCAGCAUGGGAUUAUCCAUGAGCACUUUAUACUCCUUCCUCAGGGGCCAAACACCAUGCUGGGGUACAGCCAAGGUGGGAGGGGAAGCUCCUGUGUUCCUGGGGUAAACACCAGUGGGAUCAGCUGUGGAAAGUCCUUGUACUGUUUUGGGAUAUUGUGUCAUUGUGACCAGUUGCUGGCUGAGCUCUUCCCCCUGUGGUGUGUGAUCCCAUGGGGAGGCAGGUUGGAAAAAGAAAAAGAGCAGAGUGCUGCAUCCUGCGUUUUAUUUGUGUUGUGUGGCACAGGUCUGGAUGAGGUUUGUGUUUGUGUGUUUGGGGUUUUGGCACUGUGAACAUUCUGUGUGUGUGUGUUUCUGGUGAUGCUCUGCUCAGCCAAGGCUGGAUGGCUCCACCAGGCACUGGAGAAGGCAGGAGGGCAGGAGGAGGGACAGGCUCUAUGGAGGGGCUGGGGGACUUCACUCUGUAGGAGCAUCAAAUCUGGAGUUGAGUGGGAGUUUCUGCUCACGGUGUGGAAGGCAGAAGGAGGAACAGGAGGAAAAGUCAGCAUUAAUUUUUGGACCUUCUUUUGUACAUCAGGUUGAUAAUACUGCUUUCCAGUCAGGGUUCUGCUCCAGCAAAACUCAUUGAAUAAUGGUUUGAGCUGUGCAGGGGUCCUAGCUGGGAGAUGUUCACGAGGCUCAGUGACCUUGGCAUUUCAUCACUCCUGAAACUCAAACACACCAGAGUCCCCACUACCAACUCCUAAAACUUACUGUGAUUUUUGGACCAUACCUGGCAUGGCCAUCACUUUGUAUAAAUGAUGCCAGAGAUUCAGUCCCAUCUGGGCUCUUUCUCCUCCCACUUCUGCAGUGGCAUUUUCUGUCAGGGGAGACAGCCUGACACUCAGGUUUUUGGUACCAACCAAGGAGAGGGCUUUGCCCCAUGCAGAUCUUGUGUGGCACAGCUGGGGUUAGGAUUUGCAGGGCUGCAGUGAAGAGGAGACACAGGGUAAACUCUGCUCCCUGGACCUGUUCUUGUGGUGCCAUUCAGCUUUUGGUGUGAGUGGGGCAUUAAAUGAGCCAAAAUCUGUGUGUGCCUGGAGUGAUGGGCAUUUGGGACCAAGAGGAGGGCGACCACUGAACUGCCAGUGGUACCCUCAGUGGCUUCAGCCUGGGAAUAUGCUGAUUUUUUUUAUAUGAGAUGCCUGAACAGCAAAAUAUAGAAAUCUCUGAGAUUGUGCUUCAUAGCAAAUGGUAAAUUGUUAUAUCUUGGGGGGUGGGAUGGUUGUUAUCUGAGGGGUAGAACUGAAAGAAAUGAGGUUUCCUAUUUUAUUAUAUGAGAGAUAUUUUUCCACUAAAUUACCACUUCCUAAACCGUGUCCUUUGUCUGACUGUAAAUAGCCAGGUGUGCCGGGAAGACGUGGGAAGGCUCCUUGUGGUCACAUCCAUACAAUCCACUCUGUUCACACAAUAUUGGGCUGAUUUGUUUUAUACUUAGAAAAUUACAGAAAUAAAAGCAAUUUUACUGGAUGACUCUG